AGGCUUAUUUUAUUGGGGCGCAACUGCCAAAUUGGCCGGAUAAGGGAAUUUUCCACAAACACACACAGAAUGUGGCCGUUUCACAGAAAAGGGCCAUCGGGGUUUUCGUCUUCCUCCACAGCAGAGGAAGUUACUGAAGGGAUUGAUGGGACGGGCCUCACUGCCAUUGUUACAGGAGCAUCUAGUGGUAUUGGCACUGAAACUACACGAGUUCUUGCAUUGCGUGGUGCCCAUGUAGUUAUGGGGGUCAGAAAUAUGGCUGCUGCUGAAGAUGUCAAAAAAGCAAUAGUUAAGGAAAUCCCCAGUGCUAAAGUUGAUGCCAUGGAGUUAGAUCUUAGCUCAAUGGCAUCCGUAAGGAAAUUUGCAUCUGAUUUCAAUUCCUCCGGUCUUCCACUGAACAUCCUAAUUAACAAUGCAGGAGUUAUGGCAACACCAUUCAUGCUCUCCAAAGAUAACAUAGAACUACAGUUCGCAACAAAUCACUUAGGUCAUUUUCUUUUGACAAAUCUUUUGUUGGACACUAUGAAAAGAACAGCACGUAAAAGCAGCAAGGAAGGAAGAAUUGUUAAUGUUUCAUCUGGGGCUCACCGGUUCUCAUACCGUGAAGGAAUCCGUUUUGAUCAAAUAAAUGAUAAAUCUGGGUAUAGCAGUUGGGCUGCAUAUGGCCAAUCAAAGCUUGCCAAUAUUUUGCAUGCCAAUGAGCUUGCAAGACGUUUGAAGGAAGAUGGGGUGGAUGUAACAGCAAAUUCACUUCACCCAGGAGCAAUCAUCACCAAUCUUUUUCGUCAUAACAACAUUGUGAAUGGUCUUGUUCAUAGGCUUGGUAGAUUUGUGCUUAAAAAUGUUCAGCAGGGAGCUGCUACAACAUGCUAUGUGGCAUUGCAUCCUCAAGUCAAGGGGGUGAGUGGCGAAUUCUUUUCAGACAGUAACCCAUCCAAGACAAGCUCACAUGGUAGGGACAUCGAGUUGGCAAAGAAACUCUGGGAUUUCAGCAUGAAUUUGAUUAAAUGAUGUACUAAUAACUCAUCACAGAUGAUCAUACUUCCCAACUAAACAUAUAUAGUUAAAAUACAUAAUUAAAGCACCCUUGUCAUGUUCUCGUAUCUGAGAGAAUUCUACCAAAUAUGUUCCUGUAUUCUCCUUGAUUCCAGAAGUGAUUUCGGUCUGUUAAUGAGGUUCAUGCUAAAGUGCUUUUCUCGAACAUGGUAAAUUAGUAAUGGUUAAUGGGCGUUGUACUGUAUUAGUGGCGUAACAUAUCUGAUUACUUUGAACGCAAUAAUGUGAAUGAUAAUUUUUUUGCCUCCUGUUUCUACA